AUGCUUGGAGAGGUUCGUGAUAAUGUUAAAGACUUGAAAGGUGAAAGAGAAGGCCUGAAGGGUGAAGAAGUCCUCUCAAAACUUUCAAAGAUUGACUCUUUCUCUGACAUCAGACGCCAUGCCAACAGAUAUGUGCAGGGAACUCGUUUGCCGAUAUUUGAAGAAAUUGAGAGAUGGUUAGAUGACAUUGGUUCACCAAACCGUGUGAUGGUCAUCAGUGGGAAUGCUGGGAUGGGAAAGUCUGUUAUCUCAGCUGUAUUCUGUGAAAAGAUGCUUAAAGCUGGAAGACUGUCAGGAUGCCACUUCUGUCAACAUAACAACGCGCGCCGUAGAAACCCUAAAGUUAUGCUACAGUCCUUAGCCUGUCAGCUCUCUGAUUCUUUGCCAGAGUACAGGAAGACUCUUGUGGAAAAGUUGUCGAGAAACCUGGGUGUUGACAUCAACGACAUGGAAGUGGGAGACCUGUUUGAAUUAUUAUUUGAAGAAUCCCUUGAAGGCUUGGAUGACCCUGGCUCGACACAUCUCCUGGUAAUAGAUGGCUUAGAUGAAAGUGAAUACCAAGGGCGUAAUGAGCUUCUAAAUGUGAUUUCCGAUGGCUUCAAGAAGCUUCCGCAUUGGAUUCGAUUUCUAGUGUCUACGCGACCUGAAAUUAACAUCUCAGAGAAACUUCAAGAAUUAAAUCCCAUACAGCUGAAACCAACUGAUGUAGAGAAUCUGAAAGACAUCAAGAUUUGCUUUAAGAAAAAGCUAGUGCAUGUUCUGGAAGGAGAGUGCCAUGAAAUCAUCCUAGAGAAGUUGAUUGAAAAAUCAGAAGGAGUUAUGCUAUAUACCUACUAUUUGGUAGAUUUGAUAACGAAGAACUCCCCAAGUUUUAGUCUGGAUGAACUGCUGAAAAGUGGAUUGCCCUCAGGUUUGUCCUCUGUUUACCAAGUUUAUUUCAAGCGUCUAGAAACUGAGUUACAGGAAAAAUUGGGGAUCACCGAGGACAACUUCUUUGAUUUUCUAAAUGCUAUCGUAGCUGCAAGGGAGCCAUUACCGGUCGAUUUUGUUUAUAAGUUGUUUCUUUCAAAAGAGUGGUCACCAGCCGAUCAAAGAAAAGUACGAGCCUCCAUUGAAUGUAUCUCUGCACUUUUACCCAUUGAGGGCGAAUGCAUUCACCUUUUUCACAAGUCCAUCAAAGACUGGUUGAUUGGGAGCUCUAGCCAAGGGCCACAUAGGUUCAGUGUGGACAAAACACGUUGUAAUAGCAUCCUCUCCAAGCUAUGCACUGACGAACUUGAUGGAGUAAAGCGAAAGGGUGUCGAUGGGGCAAGUUUUAAUUGCAGCACAAAGUACGCCCUAAAACAUGGUGUUCAGCACUUGCUUGAGUUGGAAGAAGACUUAAGACCUCACAGCCUUGAAGAAAUUGUUAUUAACUAUGUUUCCGACGUAGAACUUGUGUAUGCAAAGCUUUGUGUUGACAGCUUCGCAGCUUUAGAAGAUAUCCUUAGUAUUCAGAAAGAAAACAGAACGGGAAGACCAGUUGAAAACUUUCCUAGAGCUGAUGUUCUUGAGAACUUGUUGCUACUUUUAAGGAAACAUAUUGUUACAUUAACUGAGCUACCUCGUACCAUCUUUCAAACAUGUCUAAAUGAAGGGGGAACGUUGCUUUCUUCCGAGGCCAGAAACCUUUUGCAAACGACAUUUUCUGACAUUCCUUAUAUGGAACAAUUGCUAAAUGGGGAUAAUCAAGGACUUGUUGAAACUUGGUUUCAGUGUUCACACAAAGUAUCUUGUUUUGACGUUUCACCGCAAUUAGACCUCAUCGUGUGUCAAUGUUUCGAUAACGUGAUCCAGUUGUGGUCACUAGAAACUGGCAAGCUGCUAUGGGAACGCCGUCGUCAAGAACCUGUGGAAUAUUUGUAUCCAAAUAACGCUUUAAAAGGUGUUACAUCGCAUUCUGUUGAUAUCUGUGGUUUUUACCGAUCAGUUGUUUUUCAUCCCACUGAGAACGUUGUGUUACCAGGAGAGUUGAGAAAAGUGUAUACUUUUACUGGAGUUCGGAAACCACUCUACCCAUCGAGCCAGUGUUCUUUCUCAGUUUGUUCCGUUUCUCAAGAAGAGAUGGCAAUGUUAACUGACUGUCCCGACAAUGCUAAAUGUAUCAUCAAGUGGAGUCUUACUGAUGGAUCAGAGAUCACGCGUUUUGUUGCAAGUGAAGAUAUCUUAACCUUUGCUUGGUCUCGCGGUAAAAAUUUGUUGGCAAUUUCAGAUUCUGCUGGACUUAUAUCUUUGGUUGAUACAACGACUGCUUUUAAAAUUCUUUCACAAACGCAAACCCCUCACUAUUGUGGAAUGAUAAAAUUCUCGCCCGACUGUCGGUUUCUUUUUUGUAAAUAUUUUGACUCGAUGAACUUGACAAAUCACCAACUUGCCUGUUUCCAUGUCAAAAAGGAUAGUUACGGGAACCCCUCACUAGAUGCUUUGUCAGAGCUAGUCUCCUAUAACCCGUGGGAGUUUGAAUCGUGCAGUGAGAGUGGUUUCUUGUUAGGAGAUCCCAUAUGGUAUCCACGUGCGGCCCAUAUAUACCACUUCUUACUGGGAAGUUCUGUAGGGAUCUCAAGUUGUCUCUUCACUGAGUUUCCCAAAUUGGCGUUUGUGUUAAAUGAAAAGUCCCUUUUAAGAGCGUCUCCCAACAGUGAUGUUAUAGAAUUGGUUAACAUCGACGAGCUCACGAAAGAUAGAGCAGGAUUUAAAAAGGCUUUUAAGGAGGGAGAAAUUUACUCAUUAACAACAUUGAAAUCUGAACUCACAACACUCAGAACUGGUUUUGGAGAGGCUACUGAGACAAACAUGGCAUUUUCAGUCAGUGGUGACACAGUUUAUGUCUCUUACAAUAGAGCAGUUGAAGCCUGGGAUCCUUUCAGUGGGAAGCUGAAGGCUAGAAGAAAUUAUUGUUCCUUCACAUUCCAGGGAUGGUCUGUUCUAGCUGCUGUAAAGGAUGGUGUUUUACUGACAUCGACGGGUGAGUAUCGAACGAGCGAUCUCGAAUUGUGGAAUUCUGAGCUGACUGCCUGUAUCCGUAGCUGGAAGCUUGGGAAAAUAUUUCGUUUAUCCGGCAUAACCGACGAGCGCGUGGUUUUGACUAUGACAUCUGGCGAGACGGCAAUUUUAGAUACAACUAGUGGGGAAAUUGUGAGAAAGGUACGCUCUUCUUUGUCGAAGUUUGUCACGUGCAACAGCCAAUGUCAGAUGAUAUGUUCCAAAUCAUACAACUCACUUCAGCUCAUUCAGUGUGAUGAUAGUGUACUAUGGGAAGUGUCUAUCUCUAUUAGUACUCUUUUACUCUCCACGUGUACAUUCUCUCCCAACGAAUGCUUUUUUGCGGUAUUGGGGCGUACAUGGGAGAGAAAUGUAGAUAUUUUCGUAAUAGAUGCCGUUUCAGGAAGACAACUUAACUUGCUGCGAGCAUUUGAUGGUCAGCCUUUUUUAAUUCCUGAAAGUAUAGAUGGUAAGUUUGUCAGUGACAAAGAGUUUCUCGUAGCCAGAGGUUUUUUCGUCCGCCUGGUUAAUGUCAAGUCUGGGGACCUGUUAAGUGUGAUAUCAAUGGAUAACAAAGUGCACAAUUUAACAGUAUGUCCUCGUAACCGUCUCGUUGGUAUAAGAUUUGAGAAAGAAAGGCCUGGUUUCAAAGUCAUCCAAGUAAAGGCGGGAAAUAAAGACAGCAGCAAAGAAAAAAAGGAUAAAAAUUCAAGAGAAGAAAGAAGGACUUGAAAUUUCUAGACGAACUCAGUCGACAGGCAGUCCAGGAGCAUUAGAUUAAGUACACCACUACAUUAAGUUUUCGCAUAAACUGUUGUUCUCUUUUUCAUAUUGAGGAAGACAGUUUCAUGCUAGUUUGAGCAUCUUUAGAAGAGAUAUAGAUAUAAAUACUUUUAGAGCUAAUUGAGGAGUAGCCUAUCCGCUGCCUAGUUUUAAAAUAGUGAUGUUGGUAAAGCAUAUGAGCAAAGGCAAGAUCAGUUGUAGUAAUUAACUCCCUCUAGGGGAUCCUCCUAUGCAUCACGAAGGGGAUGGUCCUUGGAAAGUUGUAUUUUUAACCCUGUAACUCACAAUAUUUGUUUGUUAAUUCUCCCCACUGCCUGCCACACAAAAUUAGUUACAAGAAUAUACAAGAAUAUGCUGUUCGAUCAAGACAACAACUUUUACCAGAUAAAUUUAAUUAUUCUCAUUUCCUGCUUGCUGGAUAAUGACUGGAUGUUAAAGGGAUAAUUUACAUGUUAAUCACUUCUAGGAUUUAAAGGUGAUAAAAGCUCCUAGAAAAGUUAACUUUGGGCUUUACACUCCAAACACGACGCAGAAUUUUUUUCUCUCUUAUCAAACAAUUUGUUUGCUGAAACAGUGAGAUAGCAAUUUUAAGUUAUUUACAAACCUUGAGAUACCUUUAGAGCUAACAUGUUACUUUCUCGUUCCUAAAACUGUAACUGAGAACAUAAGUUUUUCCUUUCGGUAAUUGUAAGUUGACAAUUAAUUAGAUGGGAAUCGCACCUUGAUUUAGUCACUUCCAGCAACUGUGGUUGUAAGUUCAGGGUGAUCUUGGGUUAACGGGAAGGUAAUCUGAUGCGUGAAAUAUCUAUAGAAAAGGGGAUUCGGAAAGAUUUUGCUGAAGCAUUUAAUUUGCGAGCGUGUAUCAGAUCUUAGAUGAUAAACACCAAAAGGGAACGUAACAUUUUGUUUAUCUAAAAAUUCUUAGUUAACAAGCUCGUGCACAAAUCAGUGAUCCUAAUUUUCGUUACCUUUGACAACGAAAGAAAGAAACAGCAAAAAGGAAAAAAAUGAGAGAUUUGUGAACAUUCCAAUUCAGUUCGUAUCUUAAUUAUUCAAUUUCAAACUUGAAUUUGUUCACAGAAACAGUAGGAUGGCAGUUUAAAUAUGUAAUGAAUUUAUGUAAAAAAAAUUAAUUUGUAUUUUAAUGAUUGUAAGAUGUCAAGAAUCCAAGGCGACCAGAGAGUCUAAUUUUUUUUAAGUACUUUGAUAGCGGUACAUCAGCAUCUUCAGAUGUAUUUCACGCUUUUUUUUAACAAUUUUUCGCCGAAGGCAAACUAACAGUUACUGAAUAAUCUCAGAGAAGAAGUCAAGGGAUUACUCAACAAUAUUCAGUGAUCCUGAGGUGACUAGUGUUUUAGAAUAAUUUCCUAGGUUCUUACGAAUUUUGUUACAAAUUAUUUUUGUAGUCAAAGCCAUUCUGUAAAUAAAGAAAGCUUUACCCAUA